AGCCCCCAGCCCUACCAGUCGCUCGUCCUGCGCCCAGCCGCGGCCCCCGACGGCUGCGCGUUGAGAUGACUUUCCGCUAUCUCCUGAACGUCAGUUUCGAGGGACCCUGCUCAGACAGCAGCGCCGGGAGCUCCAGCGCGGGCGGUGGCGGGGGUGGCGCGGGCGGCGCGGCCGCCUCCGAGGGCCGGGCGGUGGACGGCGUGCGGGUGACCGCAGGCGGUAGCAGCGGCGGCGGCGUGGUGGGCGCGGGCAACGGCGAGGACAACCGGAGCUCCGCUGGGGAGCCGGGGAGCACUGGCGCCGGCGGCGAGGUGAACGGCACGGCCGCCGUCGGGGGGCUGGUGGUGAGUGCGCAGGGCGUGGGCGUGGGCGUCUUCCUGGCUGCCUUCAUCCUCACGGCCGUGGCGGGCAACCUGAUGGUCAUCCUCUCCGUGGCCUGCAACCGCCACCUGCAGACGGUCACAAACUAUUUCAUUGUGAACCUGGCCGUGGCCGACCUGCUGCUGAGCACCACAGUGCUCCCCUUCUCGGCCACCAUGGAGGUUCUGGGCUUCUGGGCCUUCGGCCGGGCCUUCUGCGACGUGUGGGCCGCCGUGGAUGUGCUGUGCUGCACGGCCUCCAUCCUCAGCCUCUGCACAAUCUCGGUGGACCGGUACGUGGGCGUGCGCCACUCGCUCAAGUACCCAGCAAUCAUGACCGAGCGCAAGGCGGCCGCCAUCCUGGCGCUGCUCUGGGCCGUAGCCCUCGUGGUGUCUGUGGGGCCGCUGCUGGGCUGGAAGGAGCCGGUGCCCCCUGACGAGCGCUUCUGCGGCAUCACGGAGGAGGCAGGAUACGCUGUUUUCUCCUCCCUGUGCUCUUUCUACCUGCCUAUGGCCGUCAUUGUGGUCAUGUACUGCCGCGUGUAUGUGGUAGCGCGAAGCACCACGCGCAGCCUGGAGGCGGGAGUCAAGCGCGAGCGGGGCAAGGCCUCAGAGGUGGUGCUGCGCAUCCACUGUCGCGGCGCAAGCACUGGCUCAGACGGAGCCCACGGUGGGAUGCGCAGCGCCAAGGGCCACACCUUCCGCAGCUCACUGUCAGUGCGUCUGCUCAAGUUUUCCCGUGAGAAGAAGGCGGCCAAGACGCUGGCCAUCGUCGUGGGCGUCUUCGUGCUGUGCUGGUUCCCCUUUUUCUUCGUUCUGCCACUGGGGCCUACAUUCAUUCAUGGGCAGCAAUCCCUGGCCAGUCUACGUGAACAUCAGCAGACACCGGAAGCCACCUGCUUUCUCUGUUUGGAAGCUGGGCCCCCCUGGGAGGCCCUCCCCAGCUGGUUUGUUGCUUACACUCGCUGGAAAUGCUCAAUUUCAGGUAAACGCUCCCUGUUCCCACAGCUGAAGCCCUCAGAGGGCGUCUUCAAGGUUAUCUUCUGGCUGGGCUACUUCAACAGUUGCGUGAACCCGCUCAUCUACCCUUGCUCCAGCCGGGAGUUCAAGCGGGCCUUCCUCCGCCUCCUGCGCUGCCAAUGCCAUCGUAGUCGCCAGCACCACCGCCCCCUCUGGAGCAUCUACAGUCACCACUGGCAAGCCUCGAAUGGCGGCCCGCACCCUGACUACGCUCCUGGCCCAGGUGCCGCACCCUCCGGGGCCCUGCUGGCCCUCACCACGCCCUCAGCCCCCGGCUCCCCAGGCACACGCAAGGCGCAGGCUCCGGUCGUCGGCCGUCGAAAGCCGCCCUGCGCCUUUCGCAAGUGGAGGCUUCUCGGGCCGUUCCGGAAACCCACCACCCCGCUGCAUGCCAAGGUCUCCAGCCUGUCGCAAAAGAAACACGCCAGAGAGGCUGCGUGCGCCCUGCACUUGGAGGUGGAAGCUGUGUGCUUAGGCGUCCGCAGUGAGGCAGCUGAGGGCACUACCUGCCAGGCCUACGAAUUGGCAAACUCUAGCCUUCUCCGGGAGACUGAUAUUUAAGGACCCCUGAGUUAGGCCGAGGAGUGUGCUGGGGGUGGGAGAAGGGUGUGGAGAUGGAGGCUGGCUUUGUUCAAGAGGCCGGUGAGAAUCAAGGACCCAGAAAUCGAUCAGGGCGACUGCUCUCCAGAAUCCCCGAGGAACUGAGGUGUGGGUGAAGCCCCUGAAGGGCAGAAAGUUAUGGGCUCCCCCUCCUGGACACAGAUGCCCCCAGCUCCUCCUUUCAAGGGAGAGGCUGAGGGCUCCUUGGGGCCAUUUGUUUCCAAUCCCUGUUUGAGAAACACUGCCCCAUCCAUGCCUUGAACCCUGGGUAGAUGGCCCCAAGUAUGGCCAGGCAGCCCUGUCCCUCCUCUUGGGGAGGAAAGGGCACAGAGGCCCUGCCUGGCUGCCCCCAAUGCCUCCCCUCCGGAAAAAGUCAGUGGGGCCAAAGCUUCUCAAUGGACACAAUUUAUCCUUACUGCAGACUGGAGGAAUCCAGUGGCCUGCCAUUGCCACCCACAAGCUUUGGUGGCAGAUUGGACGACUGUCCUACAAGCCUGUUGUAUUAACCUGUGGGCCCACUUUGCCCUACUGAGGCUCCGCCCUGCCCCUCACUUUGUCUCCCCAAAGGCCUUACUGUUUACACUGUAUAUAGCUCCUUGUGCCUGUGCCCAUCACUUCUUGCUGGGCUCUGGAACCAUCAAAUGGGGAGAACUUUGUCAUUUUUAGACAUAUUUAUUGGUCAGAGUACUUCUAUUUUGUCCAAACUGUGCAAACUGUUCAUCUUCAGCUUACAACCCAUAAAGAACUACUUUUUGUUUUUCUAAAAUCCUUCAAGUA